GGAUCUGUUAUAUCACCAACAUUGUUUAAUGUUCAUGUGGAUGACCUCGAAGACUGCAUUCCCAAUUAUCUGGACAUCAAUACGCACAAAUACGCAGAUGACUGCACUCAAGAUGAAGUGAUACCAUACGGUUCUACUAGCAACAUGCAAGAGUUGCUCGAUGCAAUAAACGACUGGGCACAUAGAAACAAGAUGAAACUUAACUCGAAAAAGACGAAAGACAUGUGGAUCUGCUUUAAAGCUGCAAUUCCGGAACCACCACAUCUUAAAAUUGGCGAUGAUACAAUAGAAAGAGUAAAGCCAUUCAAGUUUCUAGGUCUUUGGAUUGACAAUACCCUUAAAUGGAACACCCACAUUGACGAAAUUGCAAGGAGGGCAAACAAACGCUUAUUCUACCUACGGGAGUGUCGUCGAGCAGAUCUACCAACUAAUGUGGGUUUGACGUGCUAUAAAUCCAAAUUAAGACCGGUUUUGGAAUAUGCGGCCCCAAUUUGGGAGGGCCUGCCACAAUACCUUACUGACGAACUGGAGAGUAUCCAUGCAGACUAGAAGCCUGAAAAUUAUGGGUCUACCUACUGAUUUUCUUCAAUCUCUAGAACAACGUCGGGAUAAACUUUCAAUUCGCGAGUACGAGAAAAUCAUUAAUGACGAGACACACCCAUGCAGGAAGUACAUACCAGACAUGGUGACGAACAAGUAUGACCUAAGAAAACCAAAAACUCUUCCCGGAAUUUUCUCAUACACUAAAAGGCAUGAACUAUCGUUCAGUCCCAGAACAAACUCAUUAUAAUAGACAAUAUUUUUAUAACUAUUCCUACAAUUUUUAUCUGUACAUAUAACUUCUAGACUACUACUUAGAUUUUUACUGUAAAUCCAUUGUAUUUUUGCACUAAAGAUGGAUCAAUAAAACUAUUAUUAUUAUUAUAGUUCAUGUUCUGCCCCACCGUUUUCUUUCGAAAUAUAUGAAUAUAAUAACCCCCCCCCCCCAAUUAUCGCGUCUAGUAACAGCCAUGCUUAUUUUGUCUUAUUAGUAUGGGUAAUAGUAUUGUAGUGCCGGUCAGAGAACAAUUGGGACAAAUGACUAUUAUGUGUGUUAUGUGUGUAUUGUGUGUUACUAUGUAAAUUUGUAAAUAAAAGGACAAUUUUAAUACGAUUUGGUGUGAUUUCUUUAGUAAAUAAAGCGUGUUUGUACGAAGUUGUUUUACUUUGCUGUGGCGGGUUUUUUUCGACACGAUCUCGCUUAAUCUGGCACAACAUUGGUGGCAGCGGUGGGAUAUUUCAUGCCUUUAGAGAAGGUAUGCCAAUGACAACGAGAUCGGCAGCGAGAUUAAACAGUGAGGAAACCAACGAAGACGACAUGGAUGACCGCGGAGAAGAAAAUACACGUAUCACGGGCAGUGAUGAGAAUUUUGUUGAGUUAUUUUCGAUGAUGAAGCAGCAAACUGAGCUUAUAAUGGAGCACAAAGUGGCCCAAACAAAGCAAAUGAACGAAAUACAGCGUUUGAUUGGUGAUAUUGACGGGAAAAUGGAAGGAAUUAGCAAGCGACAAGACCGGCUAGAAAGGAGACUAGACAGAGUCGAGACAGACCUUGCGUACGUGAGUGGUGAAGUCGAAAAGUCUGGUGAAAGUCAACGAAACACUAUGGCUGUGAAUGUUGAAUGUUUCGAAGCAAGGCUUGACGUAGUGGAGAAUCGCGUAGACAGGUUCGGCGAGGGCAUAGACACAAUCCAAAAGGAACUCGUGCCGAAGUUAAAAGAAAGCGUUCUCGAAGAACUUUUAGCCGAAAUUAACUUGAAAGAAACGAGGAAACAAAAUUUAGAAAUGCUAAAUCGGGAUGUGAAAAAUUCUCCGCAAGGUAUCGAGAACAUUCGUGCCAACAAAAUUGCGACUCCCGUUUUUCCAUCACCCAGAAGGCGAUAUACCCCAUCCACGUUAAAACCCGAGGAUAGUGGUUGUGUUACCUCGACGAAUGUUCGCGUCAGAGAUGCUGAGGCACCCAACAAGCUUUUACAGAAACCAACGACCUUCGAUGGCACAACAUUAUGGGAAUCCUACUACGCGCAGUUUGAGAUAGUGGCGCAAUUAAACAAGUGGAAUGAUUUUCAAAAAGCAGCCUAUCUUGCUACAAGUUUAAAGGGACCUGCUUUGGCGGUGCUGGGUAACUUGGCUCCUGAAGAACGUCAGAAUCUCGAUGUUUUAGUGGUGGCGUUGAAGAAUCGAUUUGGAACAAGUCAUCAAACGGAACUAUCACGAAUGAAAUUCAAAAACCGCAUCAAGCAGAAAGAUGAGUCAUUGCCUGAAAUGGCCGAGGAUAUCGAACGGUUAUGUCGACUCGCUUAUCCAGACGCCCCUCCUACGCUACGUGAUGUACUCGCGCGGGACCAGUUCGUUGAUGCGUUGACUGAUGAAGAUACCCGAUUGCGUAUUAAGCAAGAAAGACCCAAGUCACUGCGAAAAGCCUUGGAAGCUGGUCUUGAGUUGGAGUCGUUUCAGAUAGCUGCUCGACAGCGUCUCAAAGUGUCACGAGAAACAGAGUUACUUCGUGCAGCUAGACCAAGUGGUACAGAGCAGAAGGAGCAAAGAACGUACAACCAACUCGAGGAGGGAAAGUUGGAGAUGACGAAGAUACUCGAACGUCUGGAAAGGUCGAUGAAGCUUUGUCUUGACGGUGUUUUGGCAGCGGUAAAGGUACAACGAAGGUCGCCGAAAGAGCCUGGUUGCUGGAAUUGUGGUGAUUUGAAUCAUAUUAGAAGAAACUGUCCAAAAUCACGCAAUGAUGACGAAGAAUCGGAUGAUCAGGGAAACGGGAAGUAG